AUGUCGAGUUCGUCGGAAAUUUUGAAAUCUGGCAGAUUUAUGCCGGUAAGAUCAUCGGAGAAGUUGAACUUCUCUCAGAAGUGUAGUCGCUUGAGUCAGUACUUGAAAGAGAACGGUUCGCUCGGAGAUCUCAGCCUUGACAUGAAUCGCAAUUUGGAAUCAAACGAGCGCUCGCUUCAUCACGAAAAUGGGCCACAGCCUAGGAACAUGAAGUUCAGGAUAGUCCAACUCAGUAGGUAUCAACUCGGUCAUAUCAAACACGGUGGUAUGUACCUACUUGAUAAUAAGGAACUUGGUACAAGAUGGACCUCAAGUAGCCCCGAAUCACUCCACGUACAUUCCCCUUGGAGACCGCAAGGGGAUAUGGAGCAGAUCUGGGAGCUUCUUGGCAGACUAAAGUAUCAGUUAAGGCAUUUAUACAGGGAGGCAAAUGUGAUUGCUGAUUUUUUGGCCUCUUUUACUAGUUCAGACUGGAACAUAUUCUGA